AUGGAGAAACAGCGUAGAGCACAGUUGGAGGAAGAGUUGAAGGAAGCGCGUCGUCGCCUCGAAUCUGACAUGGAGCUAGCUUAUCAAGACUAUCAGGCUCAAAUGCUUCGUGAGGAUCUACAGCGUCGUCAGCAGGAACUUGAACGACUUGAGGCUGCUCGCCGCGAGCGGCUUAACAUGAGAGCUGCAACUGGUGGGCCAGGAGGGCCUCCUGGAGGUCCAAGUUUGAACAUGGGUGCACCAAUGCAGUUCGGUCAGUCAGGACCAUUUGGUCAGUCAAUGGCAGGCGGGCCAAUGGGAGGCCCCAUGGGGGGACCACCAAUGGGUGGACCACCUAUGGGAGGCCAUUACCAACCACAGUCAUUCCAGCAGGGGCCUCCUAACCAAAUGCAGUCCCAAGGCGGACCUGGCGGGCCUAUGGGAGCAGGUCUUCAAGGAGGCCCCGGCGCUCAAAAUGGUCCCGGAGCGCAAGGUGGUCAAAGGCCAGCAGCAAAUAAUAUGUUGGAAGGUGUUCAACGACUUCUGCAAAUAUUUAAAAAUGAACCAGGGCAGCAACGACCCUCGUCUGGCGGUCCUAAUUCAUUUGGAGGCGGACCUGGACCGAUGGGCUUUGUAGGAGGACCAGGAGGACCUGGUGAUUAUCCGCCGGAAAAGAGAAUGCGCCGUUGA